AUGGCGGCGGCGAUGUCGGUGUCGGCCGUGGUCCCGCCGGCGGCGGCGGUGGCGCGGACGCUGCUCUGCGUGCCCGCCACGGCGCGCGCGCCGCGGGAGAUGGCGGCGGAGGUGGCCGCCGCCGCCGCGCUCGGCGCCGACCUGGCUGAGCUCCGCCUCGACCGCCUAGCCGGGUUCGCCCCGCGCCGGGACCUGCCCGCGCUCCUCGCCAAGCCCCGCACGCUCCCCGCCCUCGUCACAUACAGGCCAAAGUGGGAAGGUGGUGAAUAUGAAGGCGAUGAUGAACCGCGGUUUGAGGCACUUCAAUUGGCAAUGGAACUGGGAGCUGAAUACGUUGAUAUUGAGCUUAAGGUUGCUGACAAAUUUAUUAAAUUCAUGUCCGGAAAGAAACCUGAAAACUGUAAGCUCAUUGUUUCAUCCCAUAACUAUGAUAACACUCCUUCGGCAGAAGAGCUUGCAAGCCUGUUGGCUCAGAUUCAAGCAACAGGAGCUGAUAUAGUAAAAAUUGCGACCACUGCUACUGAAAUUGUUGAUGUUUCAAGAAUGUUUCAAAUACUUGUACACUGCCAAGAAAAGCAGGUGCCGAUCAUAGGACUGGUGAUGAACGACAGAGGUUUUAUUUCUCGUGUUCUUUGCCCCAAAUUCGGUGGAUACCUUACUUUUGGCUCUCUUGAAAAAGGAAAAGAAUCUGCACCUUCACAGCCAACCGCUGCAGACUUGAUCAAUGUGUACAACAUUAGACAGAUAGGCCCAGAUACUAAGGUGUUUGGUAUUAUUGGAAAUCCUGUUGGACACAGUAAAAGCCCGAUUUUGCAUAAUGAAGCUUUCAGAUCAGUGGGUUUGAAUGCUGUGUAUGUGCCAUUUUUGGUGGAUGACUUGGCUAAAUUUCUUUCGACCUACUCUUCACCAGACUUUGCUGGCUUCAGUUGUACAAUUCCCCACAAGGAAGCUGCAGUUAGGUGCUGUGAUGAGGUUGAUCCUAUUGCCAGGGACAUUGGAGCUGUUAAUACAAUUAUUAGAAAACCUGAUGGGAAACUUGUAGGCUACAAUACUGAUUAUGUCGGUGCAAUUUCUGCUAUUGAAGAUGGAAUAAGAGCAACACAACCAACGCAUUCUACCACGUCACCACUGGCUGGAAGGCUUUUCGUUGUUAUUGGUGCUGGUGGUGCAGGGAAAGCACUUGCUUACGGUGCAAAAGAGAAGGGAGCAAGAGUUGUAAUAGCAAACCGCACUUUCGCACGUGCUCAAGAACUUGGUAACUUAAUCGGUGGGCCUGCUUUGACUCUCACGGAGUUAGAAAACUACCAUCCGGAGGAAGGGAUGAUUCUUGCAAACACAACAGCAAUAGGAAUGCAUCCAAAUGUCAAUGAAACUCCUCUAUCCAAGCAAGCGCUUAAAUCUUAUGCUGUUGUCUUCGAUGCGGUCUACACACCGAAAGAGACUAGACUUCUUAAGGAAGCUGCAGAAUGUGGGGCCACAGUUGUUAGUGGUUUGGAGAUGUUCAUAAGGCAAGCAAUGGGUCAAUUUGAGCAUUUCACGGGCAUGCCAGCUCCAGAUAGCUUGAUGCGUGAUAUUGUUCUGAGAAAGACAAAGUUGUGUGAAUUACUAAAAUGUGUUGGAUAUCUGAAUGAGGUGGCGAUAAUUGUCUGGAGAUAA